AGAAGAGGAGGAAGAGAAGGAGAAAGAGGAGGGAGGGGGAGAGGGAGGAGGAGCAAAGCUGCAAAGAGAAGAAAUCAGUCCAGAGUCUCAAAUGCUUUGAUGCGAGCUUCUGCAUAAAGACCCUCAGCCCUGCAGCCCCAGCAACAAGAAUAGGAGGCUAAGGAUUUCUGGCUAAUGACAUGCACCACUUGCGACCAGACAGCAUGGAGUUCAAAAGAGGAAAAACCUUCAUAAAAUCCAGUAUGCAUCUGACCCAUGAGAAAUUGCCUUUAGUGGGCUUGAGUCCUAGAGACAAAGACAAUGCAGGAAAGGACAUCAGAGAAAGAAACCUUCCUUACAUUGAAACUGCAAAAUCAAGUUUCCCUGCAGAUAAAAGUGAUAGUAUUUCAAACAGAUCAGCAAAAACUGGCUCAAGUGAGAGCAUCCUGUUGCUCCAAGAAUCCUUCUACAAACCUGUACGGAAAAGUAAAACCCAUGACUGUGCUCUAAGCAGUGCAGACAAGUCUGAACAAUGUGGCUAUAAUACCAAAAUCUCUGAAGAGGGUGUUGUGGCUUCUGGACGAACUAAAGGACGACUCGUCAACAGUGCUAGCUUUUCUGGGCUUGGGAAUACACAGAAUUCUCAUGCCAAAAAAGACUCAGUUGUCAACUCAAGCCAUUUCUUGAACAGCCCGCAGCAGAUGAUUGAUUACCGCAACUUUGUACCCCAAAUGCCCUUUGUACCAGCUGUGGCCAAAAGUAUCCCUAGAAAGAGGAUUUCUCUUAAGCGAUCCAAAAAAGGUCUCCGGGACAUUUUUCAUAUUAAGAAAAACAAGCCUGAGAAUCUUGCUUUGUUGUCAGAAAAGCAGAAAAGACUUCCAUUUCCAGGGUGUAAGUCAGAAUUAGCAGGCAGAUUUGGUAAAUAUUUCUUUAAAGCUGGAGAAACUUUUACUGCUGACUGUUUGGCACAAGAUUUUUCUGAUGGUGACUUUCUGUCAGAGUCCUCCUAUGAGUAUUCCAGUGCUCUGUGUGAAGAUGUUGCUUCUCUGAAGAGCUUUGAUUCCCUCACUGGAUGCGGGGAAAUUUUUGCAGAUGAGAACUCUGCUCAUAUGGAAUUGGAGAUCAGCAAAGAAAUCUCACUGAGGCAAUCGCAACAGAAAGGGAACCCUGUCAUGGGAUCCUUUCAAGGUGGGGUGGAACAGCUUGCAUCUCCAGCCCAAAAUGAAGCAGCUGAUUUUGCAAAGUUAUGGGAUAAUAUCAAUAAAUCAGUGCAACUGCAUCAGAAAACAUUGUUUGAUAGGAGGCUAUUGAAAAUACCUAGAAGUGAAGUAGGAAUGGCUAGAAAUGAAACCAGCGCCUUAGUGACGGACUUGUUGUCUUCUCCUGACUCUUCCAAAGACAGCUCCAUAGAUACUGGGACCCCAAAGAGUGAUAACCAGGAAUCCAUGUCCACUAGUGAUGAAGGAUACUAUGAUUCAUUUUCUCCUGGGCAAGAUGAGGAACUCAAGGAUGAUCAAUCACCUGGAGUACCAGGUCGGUUUCCAAGAGACAGCUAUAGUGGAGAUGCUCUCUAUGAACUAUUCUGUGACCCCAGUGAAGCUCAGAUCAGCCCAGGGCUAGACGAUGACCUCUGUAUGUCUGAAAGCAUUUCAGAAAAGGCCAAUGAAAUACCAUUGUCAAUUUAUAGCUUUCAUGUAGGGUCUGAAGAAAACAUGGCUUCCCAACCAGCUGUUGAUAUUAUAAGCCAAGGUUUCCUUCACAGCACAUGGAAAGGCAAAGAAUGCCUACUCAAACUGUGUGAUACAGAGCUCUCCCUGACCAUGGGGAUCAUCAACUGGCUACGAAAAAACCCAGGUCUGAUUUCCCCCCAAGAACUUCCUAAGAAUCCUCAGUCACAAUUGGAGCAAGUUGGUGAGCCAAUGUUCACAGACAAGAACAAGUACAGAGCAACUCUAGAGGACAAUAAAACUGAUCCAGGUGUAUCUUCAGAUUUCAUCAAAAAUGGAACACAUUCAUAUUCAGUAGACAGAACUGAACAAAGGCAAAGCGAUAGUCUUACAUGUGAUUCGCCUCAAGAAAGUUCUCAAGGAAGGGAAGGAACUCUGAGUGCAAUGUCUCCUCUCAUAACAGACAAUAGCACAUGGUGUGACAUGCAGAGAUCAGAGGGGAGUUGGGAUGACCUAAUAAGUUCAUCUGAGAUGGAGAAGAUCUCUCUCUUAGGAGAAUGCACAGAACCCAACACUGAAACUCUAUCAUUUGAAGUCCUCAAUCUGGAGACAAUUUGCCAAACGGAUGAGAACUCUUUGGCAAUUGAUAACCAUGAUGCAGAGUCAUGUUCUUCUUACAUGACUGCUGCAACCUCUCCAGAUUCUCUAGAAACUGGAGAUGAAUGUGAGACUAAAGAUCAAUCAGCAGCAGCAGAAGGUGACAAGCCAACAGAGCCACUGAAUCUCAGUCAUUCUCAAAGCUACAUCAGACAGACACCAAAGGAGAAUGAGAGUAACAUGGUGCAGCUCUUGGAACACUGUGCCACACAGGUUGCUUCAUUAAAGAUCAGUUAUGAUGCUGAAAACAAGCACUUGGAUGAUAAAGAUAUUGCAAAUGCAGUGAGCAAUAACACUGAUACAAGGAAUGAAUUAAAAAACCAACCAAGGUUGCAAAAUGAAUGUAGCUGUAUACCUCCUUCUGAUGAUUAUUCAAAUCAAUGUAAUAUUAAGACAAAUUUUGGGAGUGGUGCUCCAUAUCUCACAAACAAUAAGGAAGAUCUUAUUUGUGUUGAUGAUCAGAAAAAGAUGACUAUCCUGGACUACAUGGGCCCAGUUGCAAAAAAUAAACUAACUUUUGAAUAUGCCCAAUUGAAUAAUCAAGCCCUAUCUUAUAUCAGAGAUUUUCGAUUUGAACUUGGCAUUCAGAAUUCCACUACCAUGGCAAACAUCUGCAGACCCACAUUUUUACCACUUCUCAGUUCAAUUUGCUCAGACACAGUCCAUGGCUUUCACCAGUCUUUGUGUAGGAAAAGUGGUUUACUGGAGAAGUAUCCAGAAGAUCAAGAAGUUCCACCAAGAAACCCACCUUUAGGUGCUUAUUCAAAAUUCCAGUGCAAACUACUGCCACAGGUAACCAUCACUCCACUUCCAGAGGAUGCUACCAAAGGGACAGUAGUGAUGGAGAAGAAGCAGGACUAACUUGGCUAAGUAAGGUGCAGCUCUAAAGUAAUCCCCCGCACCCAGCAUUCCAAUAAAUAAAUGGCAAUUUCCUUUUUGUAUCAAAAUGAGGUAAGAGACUUGUGUCAUCAAGGAUGAAGAAGAAUCCAUGAAGAUGUUACGGCAGGCAACUAUGUUCCUCCCAGUCUCUUUUCAAAAGAAUGUGGAUUUACUGCAUGCCACUUGACUUCUUGAGUGCUAUGUGCAAUGCUGAAUGACAUGUUGAUUUGGUCACACUGACACAUGAGAAUAGAGUCAUCUCUCCACAUUUGCAGUUUUGACUUUUGCUGAUUUGUUUAUUCACAGAUUUCUAGGAAUUUCUAGGCCCUCCAGUGCAAUCCUAUGGUCAGCUUCCAGCAUUAAUCAACCAUUGAGUUGUAUUAGAAAACUUAGAAAUUCCUAGAGCUUCCUAAAACAUUCCUAAAAUAAAAUAACAAUUUGUUUACUUGCGGUUUUCACUUUUACGGCGAGCCACCGUGGCGCAAUGGGUUAAACCCUUGUGCCGGCUGAACUGCUGACCUGAAGGUUGGGUCACUGACCUGAAUGAAGGUUAGGGUUUGAAUUUUCAAGAUGGGGUGAGCUCCCAUCUGUUAGCUCUAGCUUGUAGGGACAUGAGAGAAGUCUCCCACAGGAUGGUAACACAUCUGGGCAUCCCCUGGGCAACAUCUCUGUAGACAGCCAAUUGUCUCACACUAGAAGCGUCUUGCAGUAUGUUCUCAAGUUGCUUCUGACACAAUUAAAAAAAAUAACUUUCACAGGGUCCCUGUGCCCCUAACUCCAGCAAAUGUGGAGGGCUGACUCUAAUAGUUGUCUUUUAGAAUAUAGAUAUAUAUGCCAACAAAAAGAGGAAGAAGAAGAAAAGAAAAAUAUGUUGUUUUAGGGAAUCUGUGAAUUUCAGCUCCCAGCCAACAAAGGCUAUAUGGAUACUUGUCUCUGUUUACAAUGAGUCCACUGCUGUGUUUACAGAUAUACCUCAGUUAGCAAAGUAGCUGUGUUCCAAUUUGUUAAUAGAUGCAGGAAUAACAUUGGAAGAAUAGGGUUAUGUUCCUACACAGAACAGAAGAAUAGUUUGACAAGUUUCAACAAACAUUUUAUCUCAAGCUGACAAUAUGCAUAUAUAAAAUGAAACACUUUGGUCAAAUAAGCCUUCUAUAAGUAAACUAAAACAUUUUGAACCUUCUAGGUAUCACUUGAAAGCUUCUUCCAAAGGAUGUCUUUUUUUUUCACCAGCAUCUGCUUUUUUAUAUAGUUUUCAUUAUGGGGGCCAAACAUAUAGAACUAAGCUUUGUAAACAUGCUGGAUGUCACUAAUAAGGUGAGCUUUUCUGCUUCCUUUCUCUCCCUCCCCUGCCCCUUGUUUCACUUUUCGCACAUGCUCAGUAAGGGAUCCUGGAGGCAGCUGCUGUUUGCCUCGCCUGUUGUAGGCAGGAAAACAUUGCUACAGCAGGAUCUUUCCAGCUCAAGCUUUAUUACACUGUCUGAUGUAGACAUGCCACUGGAACCCAGUACCAGUGAUUGUGUUUCUUUAGCUGUUCUUCACCAUCCUCCCAAUCCUCAAACCCUCCAGCAAGAUAAAGGACAAGGAGAAAAGGAAUAAUGCUGGGAAUGGUAAGAACGAUUUUGUGAACAGGAACCUCUUUGUCAGAGGCUUUGUUAACUGAAAUAUGUCUGGGGUUUUUUUUUGGUCAUUUUUAUUUCAAAUAUGACCUAAAGCAAUCUUGGGCAGGGGGAGAAUUAUGUUUCAAAUGUAAAUUGCCAUUUUAGAAGGUGAAAUUUGAAGGGUGCUGGGUGUCUAGAGAGCAUAACCUGCCUUUUUCUCCUCUCUGCUUUAAAUCUGACAACAGUUCAAAACCGUUAGAUGGGAUAGUAGUAAUAUAUUAAUUCUUGUUAUGUGAGAUAUGUUUAUUUUCCCAUAAUAUCAUAUAUAUAUCCAUAUUAUAUGUACUGCAGUUCUGGUGCUACCAGAAAAUUAACAGUAAACCAGUAGUAUCAGGAAGAUGGAGUGCGUUCAUGAACUGUCUUGAAACAGAAUGUGAUCCAAAUGCUGCAAUGUUUUAAAAUGAUAACACUGUUUCAGUCUUUGUGCCAAUUUUUGCCUGGAUUGAAAAAGUACACAAUGAGCCUACAGAAUCUGAAUGUAAUGUUGCAAUUCGUUUUGCAUUAUUAGGAAUGUGUUCCCAGGACACCCUCCUGAUUCUUUAGCAUUUCGAAUUAGUUUUAAUAUUUUUCAUGCCCCCUCCCUGUAUCUUAUCUGGGUUGGAGUUAAAAUAAGGCAGCUGGGUUGGUGGACGUGGACUCAUGCCAUCUCCUCCCUAAGAAAGCUGACAUAUUCCACUGUUGUUUGGAAAAGAGGAUCCUUUUUUAUAAUCCUUUUCCAUACAUGGAUGGCAGCCACUAUAUUCAGCCCUCAGAAUAUUUUUCAUGGCCUACAUGGGUUUAAAGGGCUCAGACACUUGUGAGAAAAAGCUUAGAAGGCUCCAAAGAAGUUAUUUACUUGGUCCAGGUUUAAUUAAACUUACUUCUCUUAAACCAGGGGUCCUCAGACAUUUUAAGCAGAGAGCUAGUUCAUGGCUGCUCAUACUAUAGUUUGAAAAAAACAUGAAUUCCUACACACACUGCAUAUACCUUAUUUGUAGUGCCAAAAAAGCCCCGAAAGAACAGUACAAUAUUUAAAAUAAUAACCAACAUAAACUCACCAGUAUUUCAAUGGGAAGUGUGGGCAUGCUUUUAGCUGAUGAGAUAGUCAAGUUAAUUAGGAUUGUUGUGUGCUUUCAAAUCACUUCAGACUUAGGGUGACCUUAAGUCUAAAAUUUGGGCUGAAGGCCAGGUAUAUGACCUUGGAGGGCUGCAUCUGGCCCGCGGGCCUUUGCUUGGGGACCCCUGACUUAAACCUAGUCAAGUGAAAUAAGUUUGACAUGGUAUAAGCAAAGACUUCCUUUAAGCUUUCCAAACCUUUCUACACUAGUAUUUACAAAAUACACCCUUUUCAACUAGGUACUGAAUGUUCUCAUAUUUUUUUGUUAUCUUCUACAGAGCCUUGGUCUAUAGUUGCAUGACUAGGGCUUCUGGUAACUGUAGUCCAAAAAGGGAAUAUUUCCAAGAGCUGCUGUACAAAAUAAAAACGCAUCUCCAAGACUAGUAACUGAAAAAAUGUUAAAGAUUUAGGGAAAGAUUUUGAUUCUGAGUGUGUAAGUUAUGUUUAUUCAAUAGCGCAGUAUAUAAAAAGAGCAUUUUAGCACUUAGUUUAGACAUGUGUAAAUAAAUGAUACAAUUUUCUCUUGGAUAUGUCCCGUUACAUAUCUGUAUCAUAAAUAUAUAUAUAAAAUGACAUGUUAUUUAUUAUAUAUUGUUCUUGCUUGCAUUUCAUAUUAAAAUUACUUGAAUUCUA